AUGGCCCGCAGAAAGAGUUUCACUGGGGGUAAAAGUCAUGCUAAAGAUCAGAUUGUCCACUUUGAAGAGCAGCCAAAGGACAGCACGCAAAGUGGAAGGAGCUUCAGUGAACUUCCAGAUCUUAAGAAGAGCACAAGAAUCCAUACUGGAGAGAAGUCCUGUGCAAGUAUGAAAUGUGGAAAGAGCCUCUUGGCUGCUGGAAGUCUGCCUGCCCCUCAAAGAAUCCGCACCAGGGAGAAACCCUUUCAUUGCACAGAAUGUGGAAAGAACUUCCGGCAGAAAGGUAAUCUGACCAUGCAUCAAAGAAUCCACACUGGGGAGAAGUCUCUUAAAUGUAGAGAAUGUGGAAGGAACUUCAGGCAGAAUGAACAUCUUUCUAAGCAUCAGAGAACACACACUGAAAAAAACCCAUAUAAUUGCACGGUAUGUGGAAAGAACUUCAGUGGAAUGAGUAGCCUGACUCGACAUACAAGAGUAUAUGCUAGGGAGAAGCCCUAUAAAUGCAUGGAAUGUGGAAAGACCUUCCCCUGGAAUGAUCAGCUCAGUCUGCAUCAAAGAACCCACACUGGGGAGAAGCCUUUUAAAUGCACGGAAUGUAGAAAGAGCUUCAGUGGAAGGAGUAAUCUGAUUCGACAUUUUAGAGUACACACUGGGGAGAAGCCCUAUAAAUGCAAGGAAUGUGGAAAGAGCUUCAGUGUAGGGAGUAAUCUGGUUCGCCAUUUUAGAGUACACACUGGGGAUAAGCCCUAUAAAUGCAUGGAAUGUGGAAAAAGCUUUUUGGAAAGUGCAAGUCUUACUAUACAUCAAAGACUUCACACUGGGGAGAAGCCUUAUACAUGCUCAGAAUGUGGGAAGUGCUUCCACCAUAACUAUCACCUUAUAAUGCAUCAAAGAACACACAGUGAGGAAAAACCGUAUAAAUGCCUGGAAUGUGAGAAGAGCUUCAGGCACAAGAAUCUUCUUACUAGACAUCGAAGAACCCAUACAAGUGAGAAGUCUCUUAAAUGUAGAGAAUGUGGAAGGAACUUUAGGCAGAGUGAACAUCUUUUUAAGCAUCAGAGAACACAUACUGGAGAAAACCCAUAUAAAUGCACGGUAUGUGGAAAGAACUUCAGUGGAAUGUGUACCCUGACUCGACAUUCAAGAGUACACACUGGGGAGAAGCCCUAUAAAUGCAUGGAAUGUGGAAAGAGCUUCCCCUGGAGUUAUCAGCUCAAUCUACAUCAAAGAACCCACACUGGGGAGAAGCCUUUUAAAUGCAUGGUUUGUGGAAAGAGCUUCACCCAGAAGCAGUAUCUUACCGGACAUGAAAGAAUCCACACUGGGGAAAAGCCAUAUAAAUGCAAGGAAUGUGGAAAGAGCUUCAGUCAAAUGAGUCAUCUGACUCGACAUUUGAGAGCACACACUGGGUAAAAGCCUUUUCGAUGCAUGGUAUGUGGAAAGAGCUUCCAGGAUAAUGGAAUUCUGACAAUACAUCAAAGAAACCACACUGAGGAGAAGUCAUUUAGAGACAUGAAAUGUGAGCC